UCAUUGCACGGACUUGAGGACGCGUCCGGGAUCCCUGGCCCUCUGCUCCGGGCGGGGUUUCGUGUCCUGGACUUAGUUCAGGGUGUUGGUUCUCCCCCAGCUGGGGAUGGCGCCGGUGAGCCCUGGUCUUCCUCCCCGCGAUCCUGAUGUUCUUUCCUCCCCUUCUCCAUUUCCUUCCGCGUCGAGGUCGGAGCCUCAGCCCUGCGCGGCUUCACGGAGAAACUUCUUUGGAGCAUGUUUCUUGGAUUGCAUAAGAGAAAACGACGCUCUACACCUUUAACUUCUUCCACACUUCCUCCACAAGCAACAGAGAAAAGCUCAUAUUUACAGACUACAGAGAUUUCACUGUGGACGGUGGUGGCCGCUAUUCAGGCUGUGGAAAAGAAGAUGGAAUCACACGCUGCCCGGCUACAGAGCCUGGAGGUACGGGCGGGGACAGCCGAAAAGAAGCUGGCUGACUGUGAAAAGAUGGCUGUGGAGUUUGGCAACCAGCUGGAGGGCAAAUGGGCCGUGCUGGGGACCCUGCUGCAGGAGUACGGGCUGCUGCAGAGGCGGCUGGAGAACAUGGAGAACCUGCUGCGAAACAGGAACUUUUGGAUCCUGCGGCUGCCCCCGGGCAGCAAGGGAGAAGUUCCCAAGGUAGCACUCUUGAGGAUUAAAAGUGAGGUGUCCAGGUCAUUUGAAAAUGAUGGAGUCUGUUUUUCAGAGCAGGAGUGGGAGAAUCUGGAGGACUGGCAGAAGGAGCUUUACAGAAAUGUGAUGAAGAGCAACUAUGAGACUCUCGUCUCUUUGAAAGUCCUUGGCCAGUCAGAGGAAGAAACAGAGUUGAGUACAGAGAUGCUGGGUGACUUGGAGGAGGAGGGCCCUGGUGGUGGCCACGCAGCAGAUGGGGUUAUGAUCAAACAGGAGAUACAGUACCAGCCCAAAGGCUCUGAGGAUCUUUCUGGAGAAUUCUCAAGCAUUGCCGAAGAGCAGGCUUUCCUGAGCCCAGAGCAGGCAGAGUUCUGGGAUGGUCAGGGCAGUUCUGUCCUCUUGGAGUCAGGUCCUGGGGGUACUAAUCUAGAGAAGCCCAUUGAGGGAAUUAGAGACCCUAGCAGUGGCAGAGCUCUGAGCUGCCACCCAAAGCAGAAAUCUAAUAGGCAGAUACAACUGGGUCAGGAAUGUGGGCAGGGCCUGAAGCUGAAAACGGACACUUCCAGCCCCUACAAAUGUUCUGAGUGUGAGAUUAGCUUCCACUAUAAGCAGCAGCUGGCCAUGCAUCUGCGGACCCAUUCAGGGUGGGAGUCUUACACAGCCUCAGAGCCAGAGGAGAACCUUAGGCCUAGGCCUCAGCUUAAGCCCCAGCCCAAGAAAACAAAGCUGCAUCAGUGUGAUGUGUGCAUGAGGAGCUUCAGCUGCAAAGUAAGCCUGGUGACUCACCAGCGCUGCCACUUACAGGAGGGGCCCAGUGUAGGCCAACGCAUCCAGGAGAGGUUCUCACCCAACAGCUUGGUUGCCCUGCCUGGCCACAUCCCUUGGAGGAAAAGCCGGAGUUCCCUCAUCUGUGGUUACUGUGGCAAGAGCUUCAGCCACCCCUCUGAUCUGGUGCGGCACCAGCGCAUCCACACGGGUGAACGGCCCUACAGCUGUACUGAGUGUGAGAAGAGCUUUGUCCAGAAGCAGCACCUACUGCAGCACCAGAAGAUCCACCAGCGGGAACGGGGUGGGCUGGCCCCAGAGCCUGGAAAGCCCAAUGGCUUGCUUUAAGGGUGCCUGCCCCUCUCCCAUCUGGGGGGCGGAGGGGGGUGGCAUUGGUCCCCCCAAAGAGACACUGCAGAGUCAGGCACUGAUUUCUUCCUGAGGGGAAGGCAAGGCAGGCCCAGUCACCUCAUAUUUGCCUCCCUUGACCAAGUACAAGGCCAAGCCCAAAGGCUUUCCUGAAAACCGUGUGGAAGAGGAGCUGUCUUGGGCCAGGCCUCUCCUUGGUGUCUUUACCCUGCUGCUGAGUUUGCUGUCUCUUUGUCCCCUUCAAGCCUCUGGUUUUUCUACCCGUGCUGCUACCCAGUGGGCUGGGGUUGGCUCUCCUGAUCCCUUCAGAUAUGAUGGCUGGUUCCAAGGCUUGUGCCAACCUUACCUGUUUCCUCAUUGGGGUUGAGUUGGGCCAGAGGAGUGAACAGGUGUGUGGAAGAGCUCUGGGAAGCAUAAUCCUCCAUCUCCUCUGCUUUUUGUAGACUCUUUGUUAAUAACAAGUAGAAGAAAUAAUUUAAAUGUACUGCUUACACUGCUCUGAAGAACCUUUUCUGAAAUUAGAUUUUAGUUGUUUUUUUAAAAUAUAGGCCAACACUUGUUUUUUAAAUUUCAAGAGUUGUAGAAGUUGUUCCUAACAUAGGGACUGGGCCUACCCUCUAGGAGGGAAUAGUUUAUGGGGCUCUUUUAGCCCACCCACACUUAGGCUAGAGACCAGGGGAAAUAGUGCUGGAUUCCCUUUUGUGGGGAGUAUUUGGCACUCUUAAAUGGGGCUAAUUAAUCUCAAAAGAACCAAAAGGAAGAGAGUUGGAGGGGAAGACCCCAAAGCUCCUGCUUAGAAUAAGGAUUCCUUAAAGGAGCUGAGAGUUAAAGCAGAGGUCAAAUUCUGAACUACAGUUCUGGUCCUGGAGUUUAGAUUACUCACCAUACCCCUCUCUUCAUCUUCCAACCCCAUCCUAGCUGUGGUUCUGCAGCCUUCCAGGUUAGAAGUCUACUUUGUUGAAUAAAGUUACUCAGAUUGUA